CUGCUGCUCCUGGCGACCCGCCCGCCCCCGGCCCGGCCGGCCCGGCCCGGGGAGGAGGAGAUCGUGUUCCUCCGGAGGAUCAACGGCAGCCUCCCGCCGGGCCCCGACUCCCCGGGCCCGCUGCUCUUCCGCCUGCCGGCCUUCGGGGAGACGCUGGAGCUGGCCCUGGAGCGGGACCCGGGGGUCCGGGCCGAGGGCCUGACGGUGCAGUACCUGGGCCGGGCCCCGCCGGCGCUGGACGGGCCCGAGCCGGGCUCCUACCUGACCGGUUCGGUCAACGGGGACCCGGAGUCGGUGGCGGCGCUGCACUGGGACGGGGGGUCGGGCCUGCUGGGCGUCCUGCAGUACCGGGGGGCCGAGCUGCACCUGCGGCCCCUGGACGGGGGCGGCCCCAACUCGGCCGGAGGGGCCGGCGCGCACGUGCUCAGCCGCAGGAGCCCCUCUCGGAGCGGGGGCACCAUGUGCAGCGUCGGCGGCCGGCUCGGGGGGCCCGGCCCCGCUCCCCGCAGGACCAAGCGCUUCGCCUCCGUCAACCGCUUCGUGGAGACCCUGGUGGUGGCGGACGACAAGAUGGCGGCCUUCCACGGGGAGGGUCUGAAGCGCUACCUGCUCACGGUCAUGGCGGCGGCCGCCAAGGCCUUCCGCCACCCGAGCCUGCGUAACCCGGUCAGCCUGGUGGUGACGCGGCUGGUGGUGCUGGGGCCCGGCGAGGAGGGGCCGCCGGUGGGGCCCAACGCGGCCGAGACGCUGCGCGCCUUCUGCGCCUGGCAGCGCGGGCUCAACCCGCCCGAGGACUCCGACCCGGACCACUUCGACGUCGCCAUCCUCUUCACCCGCCAGGACCUGUGCGGCGUCUCCACCUGCGACACCCUGGGCAUGGCGGACGUGGGCACCGUGUGCGACCCCGCUCGGAGCUGCGCCAUCGUGGAGGACGACGGGCUGCAGUCCGCGUUCACCGCCGCCCACGAGCUCGGCCACGUCUUCAACAUGCUACACGACAACUCCAAGCCGUGCGCGGAGCUGAACCGGGCCGGGGGCUCCGCCCGCCACGUCAUGGCGCCCGUCAUGGCCCACGUUGACCCCGAGGAGACCUGGUCGCCCUGCAGCGCCCGCUUCAUCACCGACUUCCUGGACAACGGCCACGGACACUGUCUCCUGGACAAGCCCCCGGCCCCGCUGCGCCUGCCGGCGGCCUUCCCCGGCAGCAACUACGACGCCGACCGCCAGUGCCAGCUGACCUUCGGCCCCGACUCCCGCCACUGCCCGCAGCUGCCCCCGCCCUGCGCCGCCCUGUGGUGCUCCGGCCGGCUGAACGGGCACGCCAUGUGUCAGACCAAGCACUCGCCCUGGGCCGACGGCACGCCCUGCGGGCCCUCCCAGGCCUGCAUGGGGGGCGUCUGCCUUCCCGGCGCCCAGCUCAAAGACUUCCACACCCCGCUGGCGGGCGGCUGGGGCCCCUGGGGCCUGUGGGGCGAGUGUUCGCGGACCUGCGGCGGCGGGGUCCAGUUCUCCUCCCGCGACUGCACCCGCCCCGUCCCCCGCAACGGGGGCAAGUACUGCGAGGGCCGCCGGGCCCGCUUCCGCUCCUGCAACACCCAGGACUGCGCCCGGGGCAACGCGCUGACCUUCAGGGAGGAACAGUGCGCCGCCUUCAACCUCCGCUCCGACCUGUUCAAGAAUUUCCCGGGGCCCAUGGACUGGGUCCCCCGAUACAGCGGCGUGGCCCCCCAGGACCGGUGCAAGCUCACCUGCCAAGCCCGGGCCCUCGGAUACUACUACGUCCUGGAGCCAAGGGUGGCCGACGGGACGCCCUGCUCCCCGGACGGCCCGUCCGUCUGCGUCCAGGGCCGCUGCAUCCACGCCGGCUGCGACCGCGUCAUCGGCUCCAAGAAGAAGUUCGAUAAGUGCAUGGUGUGCGGGGGAGACGGUUCUUCCUGCCAAAAAGUCUCCGGCUCCUUCAGGAAACCCAGGUACGGCUACAACGACGUGGUCACCUUCCCCGCCGGCGCCACCCACAUCCUGGUGCGGCAGCAGGCCCACCCCGGCCCGGCCCCCGACCCCGGCCGGGGCCCGCGGCCCGGGGCCGACGGCGUCUACCUGGCCCUGCGGCUGCCCGACGGCACCUACGUCCUCAACGGCAACUACGUCCUGCUGCCCUCGCCCGCCGACGUGGCGCUGCCCGGGGGCGCGGGCCUGCGCUACAGCGGGGCCACCGCGGCCGCCGAGACGCUCUCCGGCCGCGGGCCCCUGGCCCGGCCGCUCACCCUGCAGGCCCUGGUGGCCGGCGGCGCCCGGGUGCCCCGGCUCCGCUACACCUUCUUCUCGCCCCGGCCCCCCGCGCCCCCCACGCCCCCCGCCCCCCGCCCCGCCACCCGGGACUGGAUCCGCCGCCGGGCACGCAUCCUAGAGAUUCUCCGCCGGCGUCCGCGGCCCGGGGGGAACUGAACCCUUCUCCCCCCGCCCCCCCGAACCGACCCCGAGAAAUCGCGGACUGGGGGCGCGGGUGGGGGCGGUAACGAGGGGGCCGCUCUGUGCCCGGACACGGGGGGGAGGGGGCCGCGAGGGCCGGACCCACCCCUCCUCUCUCCCGCAGGCCGGCCCUGCCCUGGGUGAGCCCGACUCUCGGGGAGGGGUCCUCGCCCCCG